UCUCCCUUCCUUUCUAUUUAAUUACUGAAUCAUGAAAUUUUGAAGAGAAGCUCAAAUUAGAAAGCCCAAAAGAGUUCUGACAUUUACAUGUACGUACAGUCCAUGUAUAUCUUUACAAAAAGUGAGAUGUGAUCCUCAAGAAUUUACAUGGACAGUACAAUGAGUUCUUCACUGAACAUGGAUGAUGAGUAUGAGAAAUUCAUCAGGAGAAUGAACCCUCCAAGAGUUGAAAUUGAUAAUGAAUCCUGCGAAAAUGCAACGAUUAUUGAGGUGGGCAGUGCUAACAAACAUGGAAUACUUCUGCAAGUUGUACAAGUCCUUACUGAUCUUAAUCUUGUGAUAACUAAAGCUUAUAUUUGCUCUGAUGGAGGAUGGUUCUUGGAUGUUUUUAAUGUUACUGAUCAUGAUGGAAACAAGAUUACAAAUGAAGGGAUUCUGGACUAUAUCCAGAAGUCACUUGGUCCGGAUUCUUGUUAUGCGUCGUCUAUGGAAAGAUCUGUUGGGGUGAUUUCGGGAAUGGACCACACCUCUAUCGAGUUAAUAGGAAGUGAUAGACCGGGUUUACUUUCUGAAGUGAGUGCCGUUCUCACUCACCUUAAAUGUAAUGUGAUGAAUGCUGAGGUGUGGACACAUAAUACCCGAGCGGCAGCUGUAAUGCAAGUAACCGAUGAAGAAAGUGGAGGUCCAAUUACCGAUCCUGAGAGGCUGUCCAAGAUAAAGCGACUUUUAUGUAAUGUACUUAAGGGAAGCAACAAAUCCCGGGAAGCGAAGACUGUGGUCUCUCAUGGGGUCACUCACACUGAGAGAAGGCUUCACCAGAUGAUGUUUGCCGAUCGAGACUACGUACGUGCGGGCAAUGACGCCAUGGUUGAAAGAGAACGACCGGAUGUGAAUGUUGUCAAUUGGGAGGACAGAGAUUACUCGGUGAUCACAAUCCGGUGCAAGGAUAGGCCGAAACUUAUAUUUGAUGUAGUCUGCACUUUGACAGACAUGCAAUAUGUGGUUUUCCAUGGAAAUGUUGAUGUCAAGGGGACAGAAGCAUAUCAGGAGUACUGUAUAAGACAUAUCGAUGGAUCCCCGGUGAAAUAUGAUGCUGAGAGAGAGAGGGUGAUCCAAUGUCUUGAAGCAGCAAUAGAAAGACGAGUAUCUGAGGGAUUGAAACUCGAACUGCGCACAACGGACAGAGUUGGGCUGCUGUCUGAUGUCACUCGAAUUUUUCGUGAAAAUAGCCUCACCGUACUAAGAGCAGAAGUGACAACAAGGGAAGGUAAAGCCGUUAAUACAUUUUAUGUUCGUGAUGCAUCCGGAUAUCCUGUCGAUCAAAAGAUAGUAGAUUCUAUUAGGAAAACAAUUGGACAGACUAUACUCCAUGUAAAAGGCUGCCCUCAAGAGUUAAAUCAUGUUCCCCAAGAAUCUCCUAUUAGGUUCCUCUUUGGUGGCCUCUUCAAGUACAGAUCCUAGUGUAAUUUUGGUUUGAUUAGGUCAUACCCCUGAAGUACUAAUUAUUUGGCCUUUUUCGCACCGGACAUUCCCAACCCCUCGACUGAUCCAGGUUCGAUCACCUUAAGUGACACAGAUUAGACAUCUUUUGAUAAAGCUACCGCAUAUGUGAUUAUGGUCUAUUUGGUCCAUUCCUUAGAAAUGGUUCAACAUUGUUGGAUCCAUGAAAUCUCAGAUUGUAGUAUUUGAAUCUUGUUGCUGACGCCGAACUGUGUCCAGAAUAAAUCCUUUGUACAAAAAUUUCUGUCUUCUGCUAGUUACUAAAUGAAGCAAUGAAUCAACUUGCACUACUUUUGUUUA